AUGACUGACCCCGUUUCGGUCGAUUCUUUGGUUCAUUCGGCCGAUCCGAUGAACAUGGCAAACUCACCCCGAAACAAGCAACCCGGCAGCCCUACCAAUUCCCUCCUCGGAUUGCCCGCUGAGGUCCGCUUACGGAUCUACGACUUCAUUAUUCCCUCUUCGGGAGAUUUCGUUGUCGACUUAUGCGCUCCGUCUCGGACAACAGUAUCACCACCACCGGCUGACAUUGCAGCCGUCAGUCAGCCGCCUCAGAAGAGGUCGAUUCUGGACAAUCUGCGAGGUCGCCGACAGAGACUCACCGCCGAUUUCAAGCACGCGCAUGGCGUUCAACUGCUCUCGGUCUGUCGCGAGCUCGAUGCAGAAGUCUUCCCUCUGCUGUCGGCCCUAAUGGUACGCUUCCACUGCCCAAAGUGCUUCAAGGAGGCGCUGCAAAGCCUAAAUCAUGACGAGGACUGCAACAUUAAGUGGAUGAAGAACGUCGAGGUCGGCUUCGAGCCUCCCCCUCGACGCGAUGGCUUGUACUCAGAGCGGAUGCUUCUCCAUCUGUCUCUGGAGGCGUGUAGGGCCGAAGUACGGAGGAUUUAUGGUAGACUGGAUCUUGCUGGCCAGGAGCUGUGGUCAUGGGCACAGGUAAAAGAGGGGAGCGGUGCAGGAAGCUCGGCUUCGUCCAUUGGGUCGACGACACACGGCGCUACUACAACAGCAGGCGACGCAUCAAUGAAGCCGAAGUAUAUCAUCAAAGGUUGGUUCAAUACUGAGUGGUCACCAGUGCUGCUCAGUGAUCGUAGGUACGACUACAUGUUCGGCAAUACCUAA